UGCAGGACGGGUCGCACCCCGCCAUCCGGCUCUCUUCUCUGGAGGCUCACAGCUCCUCAGAGUGGCCACCAAGACCUCCCAGGAGCCGGCGGCAGCUGCUUUGCCUCCCCCUCUUUCCCCUCUUCCACCCAGGGUCAGAAAAACACAGGACAGCCGGGAAGCAGACUUUAAUUUUGAGUGUAUAGUUCGGUUGCUAUGUGACCCGGAAAGUUUAGAGCCGGUUAAGGAAUAAUGACGUCCUAAAGUCGGGGACUAGAGCUGUAUGGAUGCAUGUGCCAAGCUGAGAACGAAUUUCACUGGGAAAAUGAUGCCUGGCCGCUUCUUCCAGGGACUUGCAACUCCAAAAACACACGCUGGAGUGGAACCAGAAACAAUCGCAGAAAGGAAACCUAGACCCUUGGGAAGGAGGGCGGCCUAAGGAGGAAUGGGGUCUUAGAAAAUGCACAUACAGGGAAGCCCGUGUUUUGCCAGGGAUUUAAAUUUUGGUAGGCAUUUCAGUUGAGAACCAAUACUAUAGAACUCUAACCAUAUAGAAGAAAAGCAAUUCAGGUCAGACAGUGUCUUAAAAAAAAAAAAACAAAAAAACAAAAAACUAGGCCAAGAUAGGCCUUUAUCAAACGUCUACAGUCCACAUCCUCUUCCACUGCCUAGUGAGCCAAGAAACUCAGCAUGAUCAGUAAGAAGCACCUUAAUUGCCCCAUAAGACAGCUGUGCCAGCCCCAACAUGUGUGGGGGACUGACUGAGAGGUAUGUGGCUGCUAUGGUGCUAAGUGCAGCUGGAGAUGCCUUGGGGUACUUCAACGGAAAGUGGGAGUUCCUUCAGGAUGGGGAGAAGAUACACCAGCAGUUGGCCCAGAUGGGUGACUUGGAAGCCAUAGAUGUGGCACGGUGGAGAGUCAGUGAUGACACAGUGAUGCACUUGGCCACAGCAGAAGCCCUCCUGGAAGCCGGCAAAGCCUCGGACUUGACUCGACUCUAUUCCCUCCUAGCUAAACAUUAUCAAGACUGCAUGGAAGACAUGGAUGGCCGGGCACCAGGUGGUGCCUCCAUGCAGAAUGCUAUGCAACUGGAUCCCAACAAGGUCAAUGGCUGGAGGAUUCCCUUCAACAACCAUGAGGGUGGCUGUGGGGCUGCCAUGCGUGCCAUGUGCAUCGGUCUGAGGUUCCCUCACCCCAACCAACUGGACACACUGAUCCAAGUGAGCAUUGAGAGCGGCCGGAUGACCCACCACCACCCAACAGGCUAUCUGGGAGCCCUGGCAUCGGCUCUUUUCACAGCCUAUGCUGUGAAUGGCAAACCACCACGACAGUGGGGAAAAGGACUCAUGGAGGUGCUACUGGAAGCUAAAAAGUACAUUGUCCAGGCAGGCUACUUUGUGGAGGAAAAUCUUCAACACUGGUCCUACUUCCAAAAUCAAUGGGAAAAGUACCUGAAACUUAGAGGGAUUUUGGAUGGCAAGUCGGCCCCCACCUUCCCUCUGCCCUUUGGUGUAAAGGAGAGGGAUCAGUUCUACAUCUCCCUGAGCUACUCUGGCUGGGGUGGCAGCAGCGGACAUGAUGCUCCCAUGAUUGCCUAUGAUGCCGUCCUUGCUGCAGGGGACUCCUGGAAGGAGCUUGCCUACAGAGCCUUUUUCCAUGGUGGAGACAGUGAUUCCACAGCAGCCAUUGCCGGCUGCUGGUGGGGGGUUAUGCAUGGUUUUAAAGGAGUAAAUCCCUUGAACUAUGAGAAACUGGAGUACAGACUCCGGCUGGAAGAGACAGCCAGGGCUUUGUUUUCUCUGGUGUCGAAGGAAGACACUGCAGUUGAUCUCUAGGGAGAUAAGAAGUUCAUUUCUGGUGGUUUCUUAUUCCUGCAGUCCUACUCACUUUUCAGUGUUUCCCAAGAGUCUUAACCUUAUACUCAGGGAGUUUUGAGAAAGGAGUCCCUUGGGCCCUUUGUGCUCAGUCUUUCCAGACUCUUCUUGCUCUCGCUGAAUUCAUCCCUCUUCCUGUAUCUGAGAAUCUUUUUCAUCUGUGUUGAUGGGGUCAGUGCUUCCCAUCCCAGAAAUCUCAUAGCUUCACAGUCCUAAUUUUUAUCAUCUAUUUGUUCUAAAAGGUUUUUUUGUUUGUUUUUCUUCAAUUGGGUUCCCACCUGCCCAAAGUGGACUCUGAGGCAAAGAUCUGAUUCAAGAAGUUCAUCUGAGAGGCAAUUCCAAGAAGCAUCAGUAGGAGAAUGGGGAAGUGAGCCAAGGAGGGAAGGGACUACACGGGGUGUACAAAAGAACAGGUUUCCCUGUGAGCAACUGGGGUGCCAUCUUUCUGGGUCCUCUGCCUGAGGCUGUUCUCAGAGUUGUCCUGCCAAAAGGCCAAGCCAGUCUGGAGUAUGUAUCCACCCACUUUCCCCCUAAGUGGUUAAGGACCACCAGGGGAUGAGGGAUGCUGACUUCCUGCUACUUCUCAGCUUGCCUUUUAUGUGAGCUGAACAUGAGAAUAUCUUCGGGUCAAGACCCAGAUACUUGCACUGACAAGCUGUAGGGUGUGUGAGGACAGGGAGGCGAGCACAAUGGAAGUCCUAAGAGUGCUAGCUGUUUUGCCUCCAAAUGUACUAUCUUGCUCCCCCCCCCUCCC